UGGAACCCCUAUGACAUGGGGCCUCAGGCAGUCACCCUGCUUGCUACCCCCUAAUGCCAGCCCUGGCUUCUGUUUGCAGAAAGCCAGUUGUUGUGGCACAGGUAAGCCAUGGAGAUUUUAUAGCAUGGUGAGGGGCCUCCAAAAGAAAAAGGUUGAGAACCCCUGUGCUAGCAAGUUGGUAUUCUUCCUUAGCCAUUGAUCUAGUUAACUUUUAAGCACAGGAGAGUCUGAGGCUCCCAUUUCAGAGGAGCAGAGGCAGAAUCAUUUAACAACUCUGUCAAAAGACCCAACGAAGCUAAAAGACAUCUUUUGUGGGCUUUGAUGUCCUGACAAGAUGCUUCCUUUUGAAAGCUCUGAGACACUUCUGUUAUUUUCUCUGACAUUCCCAGUGAAAAGCUAUUAAAUUAGAUGUGGCAGCCCCUCCAAAUUCAUAUAGUGUGUGAUUCUUUGAGAUUUGGCAUAUGUGGUCCUCAUUUGGUAUGAGAACUGACUGGUAGCUUCAGGGCCGGAGGGGGCUUCUUAACAACUUUAUAUUAAUUUAUCCCAAAUGAGACGUGAGCCAGGGUAUUGGAGGGGCAGGCACCAUGGACAUCUGAAUUCAAACGUCUCUGCACUUUGGCAGACAUCCCAUCGAGGAGGUCAAGUGCUGGAGAGAUGUUUUCCUCUCCCUGACAGCAAAAGGCAAUGUGUAAUGCAGCCCAGUAUGUUUGGGGGUUGGAGCUGACGAUCACAGAUGGCACUUAAACUCUUUUGGAAACAUACCAGCCCAUAAUAUUCAAGGAAAAUCAGAGCCAUUAAAGAGGGCUUCUUGGGGUUUGUUCCCCCAAAAGAGUCACCGUCUGAAACAGUUGCACACCAUAAUAGGUGCUAUGGCUAGCAAAAGAAAGUCAACAACUCCAUGUAUGCUGCGAACACCUGAACUAAUGGAGCAAGCUGUUCCUGAGGAUGGAGAAGCCUUAAAAGAAAGAGGUGCUGGCACUCCCCAGCAGGAUUCUAAAGAUGGCUGGGCUGCUGAUACAGAAAGCUCUGUAAAAGAAUGUGAAGUGGUGGAUGGGAAAGCCCCAGUUGAGAAUCAAUCCAAGAAACCCCAAGGUGGUUAUGAAUGUAAAUACUGUCCUUUUUCAACACAAAACCUAAAUGAAUUUACGGAGCAUGUUGAUACACAGCACCCAAACGUAAUCCUCAACCCUCUCUACGUGUGUGCUGAAUGUAACUUUACAACCAAAAAAUAUGAUUCCUUAUCUGAUCACAACACAAAAUAUCACCCGGGAGAGAAUAAUUUUAAGCUGAAGUUAAUCAAACGCAAUAAUCAGACUGUGUUAGAGCAGUCCAUUGAGACAACGAAUAAUGUUGUCACUGUCACAAACAGUGGAUUAGAAAAUGCAGAGUAUGAUGAAGCCCUUCAUGGUGAGAUCAAUGUAAGUAAAACCCCAAUCAUGAAACAGGGAAAGCCUAAAGUGGAGACCAAGAAGGGUCCCAAAAAGACAGAAGAGGGAGGUAUGGAAAACCACGUGGAUGGGACCCUCCCCCAUGUCAUUACAGAAACCACUGAAUCUAUUGCUUGUAUCAAUGGAUCUGACCUUCUUCAUGAUGUAUUGGCUCAUGUUAUGCCCUCUGUACAGCUGCCACCAAAUAUCAACCUUGUCCCCAAGGUCCCAGUCCCUCUGAACAGUACCAAAUACAACUGUGCACUGGACACUAAUGCAACCAUGAUCAACUCCUUUAAUAAAUUUCCUUACCCAACACAAGCAGAGCUGUCAUGGUUGACAGCAGCAUCAAAACACCCAGAGGAGCAAAUCCGAAUCUGGUUUGCUACUCAGCGUUUGAAGCAUGGAAUCAGUUGGUCUCCAGAAGAGGUAGAAGAGGCAAGAAAGAAGAUGUUUAAUGGAACCAUCCAGUCAGUACCCCAAACCAUCACUGUCCUGCCAGCUCAUCUGACAUCUGCAAAAAUGCCACAGCCAAUUAUCCAAACAGCUUUGCCUUGCCAGAUACUCGGCCAGACUGGCCUGGUUUUGACUCAAGUGUCAAAUGGAUCAACAGUUUCUUGCUCACCGAUUACACUUGCUGUUGCUGCUAAUCACGGACAGAAACGGACAAUACAGACCUUGUCGGGUGCCCCAGAAGUCAAGCGUCCACAUGUAGUUCAUGUGCCUGAGAUCUCACCCAAGCUGAAUGCUGCGCCAUUGACACCAACAAAUGACCGAAAAAAGACCAAGGAACAGAUAGCAGAACUAAAGGCUAGUUUUAUCACGAGCCAAUUUCCUGACGAUGCAGAAGUCUACAGGCUAAUAGAAGUAACCGGUCUCUCCAGAAGCGAGAUCAAGAAGUGGUUCAGUGAUCACAGAUACAGAAGUCAAAGGGGCAUUGUUCACAUCACUAGUGAAUCUAUAGCAAAAGAUCAGUUAGCCAUUGCAGCUGCCCGGCACGGGCGUACAUACCACACAUACGCAGAUUUCACACCCCAGAGGUUCAAAGAGAAAACACAAGAGCAGCUUAGGAUUCUCGAAGAAAGUUUUCUUAGAAGCUCUUUUCCAACCCAAGGAGAAUUGGACAGGCUUAGAGUGGAAACCAAGCUGAGUAGAAGAGAGGUUGAUUCCUGGUUCUCUGAGAGGAGAAAGCUAAGGGAUAGCAUGGAACAAGCUGUCUUGGACUCUAUGGGAUCCAACAAAAAAAAUAAGGAUCAGGGACUCCAUAAUGGUACAAUAAGCCAGACUGAGCUGCUGAAUAGCUCCCAGCUACCCAGUUCUUUGUCCGGAUCCGAAUCCUCCACAGCAUUUAACAAAAAAAACCAAGAGCAGAUUCACUUGCUGAAGAGCACAUUUGCAAGAACCCAGUGGCCAUCACCCCAGGAGUAUGACCAGUUAGCAGCUCAAACUGGGCUCACUAGAACUGAAAUAGUCCGCUGGUUCAAGGAGAAUAGAUCCUCCCUAAGAACUGGGACAUUAAAAUGGAUUGACCGAUACCAGCAACAGUAUCUUGUGGAGGGUCAUAAUGAGCAAAACCAGAAAAAGGGAUUAAAACAAAAUGAGAGUCCAAAGAACAGUAACCAGGUGUCUCGGCAGCAUUACCAGGAGCACAAAAAGCUGAACGAAGAGAACGUGGGCAAACUAGUCAUGAGAUCAACAGAAGACGAUGAUCCACCAAAAGACUCUUUAUUAGGGAAUCAAACUGAGGACAGAUUGGAAUGCAACAGCCAAGACGGCCACGGUAGUGAGGAAAAUGAGGACGCUGGAGAUGUGAACUGGGUGGAGGUGACAGUAGGGGAUGAUGAUGCUGUCUCGGACUGUACAGACAGCUGGAGUCAAACUGCACCUGAAGGCCAAGCUGAGUUAGCAGACUUUGAUUCUGAAAGUGUAUCUGGAGACAAUUCCCAUAUUUAGACAGGUAACACUACCACUGCCCUGUUAGUCUGACCUAGCCUCAGUCCUGACAAGUGUCAAUAGCCCCUUUUUAAUUUAAAUCCCAGGAGUGCUUUCCUGAUGCAUGCUGUGUGUCUACUGGAUUCCUGAGCACAAGGGAGGCUGUCCUGUCAUCUGUAGAUUAACUAAAUGUUUAAUAUGGGAGGGAUUGGGAACAUUUUCUUUGUUUGUUGUGUUUU